UCACCUAUAAAUGCAUACACACAAACAACACAUUAAACCAAAAGCAACACUAACUCAAAAUCACUUUCUUCUAAAAUUCCUUCUUUUUUAGUUAACUAUUCUAUACAUCAAUAUGGCAUCUUCUUCAUCAGAUAGCAAGCAACUAGAGGAAGGAUUUGUUGGUGGUAUUGAGGAUAAGAGACAUAAUCCAGUUCAUGAAAAUGUUCUUCAGAAACAUGCUGCUUUUUUUGAUGUUAACAAAGAUGGUCUUAUUUAUCCAUGGGAGACUUUCCGAGCGAUGCGCGAAAUUGGGAGUGGAGUGUUGUUAUCAACUGCAGCUGCUGUUUUCAUCAAUGUUUCUCUCAGUCAGACUACUCGCCCGGGAAAGUUUCCAUCUCUACUUUUUCCAAUUGAAGUUAAGAAUAUCAAACUAGGCAAACAUGGCAGUGACACCGGAGCUUAUGAUAGUGAAGGAAGGUUUGUUGAAUCAAAAUUUGAAGAAAUUUUCAUCAAACAUGCACAUACACAUCCAAAUGCUUUAACGCAUGACGAGCUCGACGAGUUGAUUAAGGCAAACCGAGAGCCUAAAGAUUUCAAAGGAAGAAUUGGUAGCUUUUUUGAAUGGAAGAUUCUCUACAAACUUGCCAAAGACAAGAAUGGUUUACUUCCUAAAGAAACAAUUCGCGGUGUUUACGAUGGGAGCUUGUUUGAAGUGCUCAAAAAAGAACAUGCAAAAACAAUUAGUUCAUCCUAAUUAUAAUUUGUCUGUAUAGACGCAAGAAGCAAACGUUAUGAUAUAAACAAAUAUACAAAAGUUUGUUUAUAGUAAGAUGUUCACAUAUGUAAUUUACAAAAUAUGUCAAUUCUUUUUCAGUUUAAUCCUUCAUUUAUUUGUAAAGUAAUGUAUCUUAUUGUGCUGUGGAAUAUACAUAUUGAAAAGACAAUUUAUAUCAAGUUCAUGCAAACCUAGGUUUGCUUGAAUGCUGUUUUUUUCUCA